AUGUCAUCUCUCGGUCCAGCAGUGAGCUCACUACGAUCCUCGAUCUCCCUCCUCGAAUCUAGCAUCAACCUACUUGAUACCGGCGUAUCCGACUACCGCCGAUUGCAAAAAGUUCUCACCACACAGCAACAUUUCGAAUUACUUCCCGAACCUACUUUACGCACAGCCCAACAGUCCAUUCUCGACGAGAUCACACCAGCCAUCACCGGACUACUGGGCACCGCCGAGGCGCACAUCACACAAUUGGGACGGCGGGAGGAGAGUCUGAGGGCGCGGAGUGAGCUCUUAGAGGGAAGAUUAGAGAGUGAUCGAAGGCGAAGAGACAGUGCUUUGGAAGCUAAGCCGGUGCCUGAUCGAGCGAGGCAAGGUAGUGGGAAGGAUGUGAACGGUGUGAAGGCAUUAGAAUUGAAGAGAUUGCGGCAGAAGAAGGAAAGACUACAGUAUGCUGUGGGCAGGCUUGAGCUGGAGAGUCGGCAGCGGCAGAGGGAGCUGAGGAAGAGCAUGGCUGCUGUCAAGGAUUGA